AGCUGUCAUUCUCAUAAAACGUGCGCGAUCAAAACAAAACAAAUUUAACCGGUAGAUUUUGGUGCUCGAUUUACUGUUCAAAUUUUAAUUAGAUUUUCCCGCAAAUCCCGACAUGAGUUUCGCCGGACCCAAAGCCGUGAUCGAGGAGGGAGACACGGUCAUUCUGUACCUCACCGUGACGAACGUGUACGCCAUAGAAGCCGUUCCGCAGAUCAAAAACAAGAAGGGAGAAUUUGUGGAGUACGUGUUCCAGACCAACUUUGGCGCCCUGAAGGUCAAGGACAUUAUCGGGGUCCAGUAUGGAUCGAAGGUAGAACUAUCCAAAGGCUGGGCCCACGUUUUGCAGCCGAAUCCGGAACUGUGGACACAAACCCUCCCGCACCGUACCCAGAUUCUGUACACCCCGGACAUCAGUAUGAUCCUGUAUCAACUGGAAGUCAAACCCGGCAGCGUGGUGAUUGAAUCGGGAACCGGUUCCGGAUCGUUGUCACAUUACUUCCUACGAGCCAUCCGACCAAGUGGAUUCCUGUACACGUUCGACUUCCACGAGGAACGGGUUCAAAAAGCACACGACGAGUUCAAAAGCCACGGUUUGGGCGACUUCGUUAAGGUGACCCAGAGGGACGUUUGCGAGAAGGGUUUCGGUGAGGAGGUUGACGGAAAGGCGGAUGCCGUGUUCUUGGAUCUGCCGGCUCCUCAGUUGGCGAUUCCGCAUGCAGUCAAGGCGAUGAAGGAAUCAGGUGGCAGACUUUGCUCGUUCUCACCGUGCAUCGAGCAAUCGUUGCGGGUCUGCGAGGCCCUGGAGCAGCACGGGUUCGUAGAUGUCGUCAAUCUGGAAGUGCUUCAAGUGGAAGACAUCGUUCGAACACGGAACGUCCCCGUGAUGGAUUUGGAGUUUCUGAAACACAAGAAAACCGACGUGGACUCGAAGGAUGCCAAAACGCCAAAGGAAACCAAGAAAUAUAUCACCUCUAGUGCACCGAAUUCCAUGGCCGGACAUACGGGAUACCUGACGGUCGCCGAGUUGCCACCGUUGUUUGCGCGGUAGUUGUAGGUUUGGUAAAGGCUAUCGUUUUUUUUUGGUUUUAAUUUAAAUAAAAACGUUUUCAAACAUGAAA